AUGGCCGACUUCGAUUUAUCUUCUACAUUCAUUCCCGCUCUUCAUAAACCUUCCUCUUUACUACCAAUAGCUCAACAUCGCGAAAGUCUCUUGUAUCUUAUCGAGACUUAUCCUGUUACUAUUGUAGUUGGACAUACUGGUUCAGGAAAAACUACUCAGAUCCCUCAGUUUCUUGAACAGGCAGGAUGGUGUGAAGAUGGAAAACAAAUUGCUGUUACUCAACCUCGUCGAGUAGCAGCAACAACAGUAGCGAUCCGAGUGGCGGAAGAAGUAGGAUGUGAAGUAGGUAAAGAAGUUGGUUAUUCAAUUCGAUUUGAAGAUGUUACAUCAGCAGCUACCAAGAUCAAAUUUUUGACCGACGGACUUCUUUUAAGAGAAGCCUUGGUAGAUCCUUUAUUAUCACGUUAUUCAGUCAUUAUGGUUGAUGAAGCUCAUGAGAGAUCUUUGAGUACUGAUAUCCUCUUGGGCGUUCUCAAAAAGAUUUUGAAGAAACGCUCGAAUGAUUUGAGAGUCAUUAUUAGUAGUGCUACUCUUCAAGCUGAAGAGUUUUUAAAUUUCUUCUCGGAUGAUGAUGCGGAAACGAAACCUAAGGUUGACGAUGCCAUUACUCUUGAUGAUUUGAUAGCUCAAGGUAGCGCUUCAGCAAGUGACCCAAAAAAUGACGGGAAAAUUGGACAAAUCAUUAGUUUGGAAGGUAGAAUGUUUCCUGUUGAUAUUCUUUACCUAGAAAAUCCAGCUGAAGAUUAUUUGGUAAAAGCUAUUGAUACGGUAUUUGAUAUACACACCAAGGAACCAGAUGGAGAUAUCUUGGUUUUCUUGACAGGAAGAGAAGAGAUAGAUAAAGCGAUACAAGCAAUAUCGGAACGUGCAUUAAGUUUACAUCCAAGAUCACAAGCUAUUAUGGCACUUCCUCUUUAUGCAGGACUUUCUACCGAACAACAAAUGUUUGUUUUUGAACCAGCCCAAGAAAAUACUAGAAAGGUUAUAUUUUCCACCAAUAUUGCAGAAGCGUCCGUUACAAUUGAUGGUAUCAUCUACGUCGUAGAUUGUGGUUUUGUAAAACUUCGAGCUUAUAAUCCAAUAACCGGCAUCGAAACUUUAACAGCAACUCCAAUAUCCAAAGCAUCCGCAACCCAAAGGUCAGGUCGAGCAGGUCGUACUAAACCCGGAAAAUGCUUCCGUCUCUACACAGAACCAAACUUCCAGGCCCUUGAAGAAGCAACCGUUCCCGAAAUCCAACGGUCAAAUCUUGCGCCCAUAAUACUCCAGCUUAAAGCUCUUGGCAUCGACAAUAUAGUCCGAUUCCCAUUCCUCACUUCCCCUCCAGCCGAACUUAUUAUUCGUGCCCUCGAACUUCUUUAUUCCCUUGGGGCACUAGAUACCUACGCCAAACUUACCAAACCCCUCGGCACACGUAUGGCCGAAUUAGCAGUUGAACCCAUGAUGGCAAAAACUCUUCUAUCAGCAAGUUCUUUCAACUGUCUUUCCGAAAUCCUCACAAUAGCUGCUAUGACAUCCGUAGGAGGUAAUAUCUUCUACAAUGACUACGAUGAGAAGAAAGCCAUGGAAACUGCUAAACGGAAAUUCGCCGUCGAAGAAGGUGAUCACAUUACGCUCCUCAAUAUCUACCAAUCAUUCAUCACCAAAGGCAAAAAACAACCUAGAUUCGCCCACGACAAUUAUCUCAAUUUCAAAGCCCUCUCAAAAGCAAUCAGUAUUCGCGCUCAAUUGAAACGCUACCUCGAACGUUUCGGUAUCUCGGUAGAUGAAACUCUCUCAUCAUCAUCAAACCCAAACAUGCUCUCAGUAGGAGGUCCAGAUAAAAGCGAACAGAUACGUAGAUGUCUCACGACGGGAUAUUUCGCUCAUGCCGCAAAAAUGCAACCAGAUGGAACAUUUAGAAAUGUGGGAGGUGGAACGAUACUUCAUGCUCAUCCAAGUAGUUUGAUGUUUAAUCGGAAGUCUGAAUGGGUUGUUUUCAGUGAGGUGGUGGAGGUGGGUGGGAAGGUUUAUAUUAGGGAUUUGAGUAAGAUUGAGAGGGGGUGGUUGGUGGAGUAUGCGCCGGAGUUUUAUAAGAUGAAGUCAUGA